AUGGAGGAGUGGGGCUCGGAAAAACAAACAUAUUUAUAUGUACCCAUCCGUAAGGCUCUGUUCAAUUCCCAAAACCCUGAGCCAGAAGUCAUGGUAGCCAAACCCAAGCUUUACUACUUUCGUGGCAGGGGCAGGAUGGAGUCAAUCCGCUGGCUGCUGGCUGCAGCUGGAGUGGAGCUAGGUUCCUUGGUUGGAAAGGAAGGAGGUUUGAAGAAGAAUUUCUUGAAACAAGAGAGCAGUAUGAGAAGUUGCAGAAGGAUUUUGAAAGACCAUGGAGAGGAUUUUCUCGUUGGCAAUAAAUUCAGUUGGGCAGACAUACAACUGUUGGAAACUAUUUUAAUGGUCGAAGAACUUAAUGCUUCUGUUCUUUCAGACUUCCCUCUGCUAAAGGCAUUUAAAACAAGAAUCAGCAACAUCCCUACAAUUAAGAAGUUCCUACAGCUGGGAAGUCAAAAGAAGCUGCCCCCGGAUAGCCACUAUGUCGAAGUAGUCAGGAACAUUCUGCAGUUCUAAUAGCAGCAAGUCUAAACGAUGGCAGUCAUGAUCCACACGGUGUUGGCCGUGCCGAUGGAGUCUAACUAUAGAUUCUAGGUAUAAAGUCUCUGAAAAGAACAAAACCUUACUGCCAUCAACAGCAAAUGACAAUUAAAUGC